GGUACAUAACCUACACUCGUAAGUAAUCGCGACAAUAUCUGAUCAGCUUCAUUUUUUAUACCUAGCACGUGAGCGCAUUAAGCUUGGAUCUCUGCAAGGCGCAUACAAUUUUUUUUCUCUCUUUUCGGGGAAUUUUCUUAAAUCUUUUUUCCCCUUCUAAUAAUAGAUACAUAAUUGCAGAAUCUUCACGGUGUAAACACAAGGCAAAAUGCGUACUAGGAAACAAACUCGCGAGGAAGAAAAUGCGGCUGAGGCAAGGCAAACAGUGGUGUCUAUCACCAAGAUCGAUACUCCAACAAUCUCGCCUUCGAAGCGCGAAAUUACUCGUCCCAGCAGCACACCGUCUAAGCUGCCUCGGCCGAUUCAGUUCCCGCUCGUCACUAUUCUGAGCCUGUCGCUCGCCGCGGUGGGCUACUCGUUAACGUGGCGAUAUACCAAGGGUCCGAUAGCGCCGCACGCGAGGCUAUUGACUACUUGGGAUGAUGUCGCAAUUGUUACGGGAUGGCGAGUGUUUGAACUCGCGCUGAGUUGGUACGGUAACUACGACGGCUACGAUAUUACAGCGUUGAACCUCCUGUCCCACGGUCCUCUCCUGUAUCUCCUACAUACCUUCUACGGGGUACCUGCCGACACCCUUCUCCUAACACUCGCCAUCGAAACCCUGGCGACAUACAUCCCCUUCCGCCUUCUACGUCCGCUUUCCACGGUCCACGCCGACCCUAGCCAUGCGCCCAACGCAGACAUCGUCACGGACCGGCCCAUCGUGCUGCUCACCACACUUCUCGCAGGCGCCAUCUACAGCGUGACGCUAUUCAUCGCGUACGCGACGUACCUACCGUCAUACCUAGUCGUGUACUUCCCUAGCCUGCCGUCCAUCGCGCCCGCUCACGAAGCCACCUACGUCAGCCUGCUCCCCGUAACACUCGUUCUGGGAUUUGCAGCGCGCGCCUUCAUAUUCACGCCUGCCGAAGCGACGGCCUCAGCUAAGGACAAGCCGUUCGACCCAGUUAGCGCGAGUCUUCGCGAGACGCUGUGGUGGAAUUUCUGGGGCUGGAGCGCGCAGACCAAGGUCCUGAUCCAACGCACGGUGCUACUGAUGCUGAUUGCAGGCAUGGAUACGUUCGUCCAGACGCGCUUCACGAUUAAGGGUGUUGAGACGCCUGGUGCGGCGGCGUGGAGCAGCGUGUGGGUGAUUGCUGCAGCGAUUACCGGGCUCGCGCUUGGUGCCGUUGCCAGUGUUUAAGUCUAGGUAGCUGCCUGAGGAAAAAAGGGAAAGUAGUGUAGGAUAAAAACGGACAGUUGCGGUAGGGGCAGUAACAAGUUAAAUCAUCUCGAGGUGUUGGACGGGAGGUAGUAAGCAUAAUUUAUUAUAAAAUGGACAAAGGAAUGUAUCUAAUGGGGCGUACCGUGUCGGCGGAAUCAAAUAUGUCAUUAAGAGUUUCUGCUUUAUUAAUGUUUAUUCUGCGUUUUUCAAACGGAGGUAUCCUAUAACCAGGCUAGCCUAUGUUAUAUGUUACAUAUAUGUAACUACGUAUAUUA